UAUAUCUUCUCGAUUUCGUUGGCUAUUCGGUGUCUGCGAGUUGAACUCUUAUUUGAAAGAGGGAACCUUUUCGAAUUUAGAACCUCCCCAUCUCCCGCCUCUCCGAUUCCUCCUCGAAGCAUCGAGGCUAGGGUUUGGCCCUCCCGAUGGAACCCCCCGCCCUCCUAUUGACCGUCGAGAAGGGCCCGAGGAAGGGCGAGACCCUCGAAUGCAAGCCCGGCACCGUCGCCCGGGUCGGCCGCUUCGUCAGGGGCAACACCCUCGCCAUCCGCGACCCCGGCGUCUCCCAGAAGCACCUCGCCUUCGAGUUCCUUGCCGACGCCCCCAGCUGGGCCGUCUCGGACCUCGGCACCUCCAAUGGCACCCUCGUUAACGACCGACAGAUCCCGCCAUCCGCCCCCUUUCCACUAUCUGACGGCGACAUUAUCAAGAUCGGUGAGUCUACGGUCAUCGCCGUCAAAAUCGUCGCGGAGGAAAGGCACGGUCUCGAUGGUGGUGUUGAUGAUGCUGAUGAGAAGGAGAGGAGCGGGGUGGGUGGGAGGAGGGGGCGGUCGCGGAGGGGUGCGCCUCCCCUUCCGGCUGUGGAGGAGGGCGUGGCUGGUGCGGCGGAGGGGAGGAUUGGUGGACGGGGGAAGGGGAGGCCAAAGAAGGGGGCUUCUUCUGCUGCUGCUUCUGCAGUUCCAAAGGAAGAUGAGAUCUUGGAACGCCCGGCGGUGGAGGAGAGUGUCAGAUACGAGGCAAAGAAUGUCGUGGCAGCAAAGGGGAGGAUGAGAGGAAGAAGGCCUAUAACGAGGUCCGCUGCUGCUAAGGUUUCCAAUGACCAAAAGCAAACGGAGGAACCUCAUGUUUCAGUUCGUGUUGACGAUUCUGAAGCUGUUGAACCUGUCGAAGUAUUUGAAAAGGGCAGCAAGAUGGUGGUAAGUGGUGCUGCUGAGGAAGCAGUAGACGGUGGAGAAAAGGAAGAACCAGCAAGGGAUGAAGAAAAGGAAGCGGUUGAAGAUAUGGAGAAAAUGACAUUGGGCGAAUGGUUUGACCAAAUGGAAAAGUUCUUGCCUCUGAUGAUUAACGAUGCCGCAGAGGAGAUUAUUGCGAGUUUAAGGGCCAAAGCUCAACAUUUUGAUGAGUUCAUUUCUACUAGUUCCACUUCUCACUGAUCUAGGUUUUUUCCAUUGGCAGGUUAAUCAUGUGCAUUACCAAUCAAGAGUUGGUUUGUUGAAUCAUUAGACCUAGCUCUAGGUUAACUGCUGCUCUUUGACUUGGAAUCGAUGCAGAGGAUGUUCAUCCAAUUUUUACCAACAGAUUUGCUGGUAAAGUGUGGCUUUGUAUUGGGAGUUUUUGUCUUGGUAAUUCUCUCCUACUACCUUGCAAACUCUCCUGUAGGCCAUCCUCAAGGAAUCUUUCAUGGAUAUGCUAUUUAUGUAUAAUAAGUGUCUAAUAGUUCUUGUUUCACUUCUGUUACCUAUUGCAACUUGGAAAGAUUUCUGAUUGUUGCACCUAUUUUUAUUGCUAAAAUCCAAGUACUUCAA